AUGUCUCUCCAGUUCUGGAAACCCGGCACCCUAGGCCCGGGAAGCACUCUCGAUCGCGUCUCUGCCAACGACGGCGACAUCGUUCCCUCGGCCCCUUCAACGGGAUACCUGAGCAUCCAAGCGCAGCGCGAACGACUGCCUAUAUUCAAGCAUAAGGAUAAAAUAUUGCAUUGUAUUGAGAAGUAUCAGGUCACUGUGGUUGUUGGCGAGACUGGGUCGGGCAAAACUACGCAGAUACCGCAGUACCUACAUGAAGCAGGCUGGUCAGCAAAUGGGAACCUCGUCGCGUGUACACAGCCGCGCCGGGUCGCUGUAACUUCCGUCGCUGCAAGAACAGCCACUGAAGUCGGGACGCAACUAGGAGACGAGGUUGGAUAUACGAUACGCUUCGAAGAUGUCAGCAAUAAGGAAAGAACACGCAUAUGCUAUCUGACAGACGGUGUUCUGUUUCGGGAAACACUAGUCGACCCGUUGUUAAGCCGCUACAGCGUGAUCAUGAUUGACGAAGCCCAUGAGCGCAGUGUUUACACCGAUCUACUGCUUGCAGUUCUAAAGAAAAUUUGUAAACAACGACCGUCCCUUCGUAUAGUCGUAUCCUCUGCUACACUCGACGCCAUCUCCUUUCUCGAAUUCUUCCGAGGCAACAUGGGUCCCGACGCCGCGACCGUGAUCAGUCUUGAAGGUCGAAUGUAUCCUAUUGAAGUUGCAUACCUCGAAGAGCCCGCCUCGGACUACGUGAGGAAAGCGGCGGAGACCGUCAUUGGCAUUCACUCAAAGUCCCCGCCUGGCGACAUCCUCAUCUUCCUCACGGGACGAGAAGAGAUCGAAAACUGCAUCGAAUAUCUAGGCGAUAUGAUCGCUACACUGCCCAAGCACCUGCAGACGCUCGUGCCUCUACCUCUAUACGCCGGCCUUACGAGUGCAGAACAGUUACAAGUCUUCGAGACGACAGCGCGCGGAUAUCGGAAAGUCGUGAUUGCGACCAAUGUAGCUGAGGCUAGUGUGACUAUCGAUGGGAUUCGCUAUGUGAUAGACAGUGGUUUUGUGAAGAUGCGAACGUACAACCCGCGCACUGGUCUCUCCUCCCUGGUCAUCGCACCUACGUCCCAAGCAUCAGCGACACAACGCGCCGGUCGCGCAGGACGUACCGCACCGGGUAUCUGCUAUCGGCUGUAUACGCGCUCAGCCUUUGAAUCGCUCCCUCACACAACCGCACCCGAGAUCCUCCGCACGGAACUCACAGCGCCCAUUGUGCAACUCAAAGCUCUCGGCAUCGACAACCUAAUGAAGCUAGAGUGGCUAACCCAACCACCAAGCGAAACGAUCGUGCGAUGCUUGAGCGCGCUCAUCGCGGACGGUGUGGUGGGGAAGGACGGACGCCUUACGACGCUGGGCACGAAGGUCGCGGAAGUGCCGAUGGAGGUCCGGCUGGCGUGCAUGCUGUUCCGAAGCGAAGAGUUCCGCUGUGGGGAGGAGAUCUUGACGAUUGCGGCUAUGACGGCAGUCCAGGAUGUAUUCAUCAUACCUGGAGGGGCGCCUGGAGCUCAGGCUGAGCUUGAGCGCCGGAAGUUCAUCGCCGAGGAGGGCGACCAUCUUACGCUACUCAACGCGUACAACGCCUUCGUGCGCUACGGCAAAGCAUCGUCGUGGUGCAAGUCGCACGCCCUGUCGUUCCGGGCCAUGUCCCGCGCAGUCUCCAUCCGCGCCCAACUCAAAAAGUACAUGCAGCGCUUCAACCUGAAAAUGGAGUCAUGCGAAGGGGACGCCAAGCGCCUCCGCCAAUGCCUCGUCACCGCCUACCGGCGAAACGGAGCCCGGUGGAUGGCAGACGGCACUUACCGCUCGAUCCAAGGCGACGAGACGCUGCACGUCCACCCCAACUCUGUGCUCUUCACGCGCAAGCCGCGGACAGGCUGGGUCGUGUUUCACGAGAUGGAGGAGACCACAAAGAUACAGAUAUCGAUAUUGACGGAGGUCGAGCCGGAAUGGCUGCUGGAUCUGAAGAAGGGCUGA